AUGAUAUAAUAGAUUUAAAAAUAUAAUAGAUUAGAAGAAUUUUUAAGCUCUUCACUUUUAUCUCAUUAGGUUCUCCGUAUUGAUCUGAGUGGCAAUCGAAUUGGUUAUGAAGGUGCAUCAGGCUUAGUUUCUGGUUUAGCAAAAUGCAUUAAUCUCUCAAAUUUGACACUUAACCUUAAUGACAAUCAAAUAGGUGAUGAAGGUGCAUCAGGCUUAGGUUCUGGUUUAGCAAAAUGCAUUAAUCUCUCAAAUUUGACACUUUAACUUUAUGGCAAUCGAAUUGGUUAUGAAGGUGCAUCAGGCUUAGUUUCUGGUUUAGCAAAAUGCAUUAAUCUCUCAAAUUUGACACUUAAUCUUAAUGACAAUCAAAUAGGUGAUGAAGGUGCAUCAGGCUUAGGUUCUGGUUUAGCAAAAUGCAUUAAUCUCUCAAAUUUGACACUUUAACUUUAUGGCAAUCAAAUUGGUUAUGAAGGUGCAUCAGGCUUAGGUUCUGGUUUAGCAAAAUGCAUUAAUCUCUCAAAUUUGACACUUUAACUUUAUGGCAAUCAAAUUGGUGAUGAAGGUGCAUCAGGCUUAGGUUCUGGUUUAGCAAAAUUUACUAAUCUCUCAAAUUUGACACUUAAUCUUGAUGGCAAUCAAAUUGGUGAUGAAGGUGCAUCAGGCUUAGGUUCUGGUUUAGCAAAAUUUACUAAUCUCUCAAAUUUGACACUUAAUCUUGAGUAAAAACAGUUUAUUUGUUUUGGAUUGUGA